AAUCAAACAAAUUCCAGGAGCACCGCGCAAAUGACAAUAUCGACCAACAGCAGCAGCUCAAACUCCAGCAGUUCAGCCUCCAGCUCCAGUAAUAGCAGCAGUAGCAGUCCACUGAUUGGUAGCACCGGCCAUCUCGCUGCCAGCAGUCAAAUCCUUCUUCAGCAAAACAUUAGUGUGGCUGUGGCACAUCAGCAACAACAACAGCAGCAUCAUCAGCAACAGUCUCACCACCAGCACCACCAACACCACCACCAUCAGAAUCAGCACCAUCAGCAGAAUCACCACAGUCAGCACCAUCCCCAUCAGCAGCAGCAGCAGCAUCAGCAGCACCAUAAUCACCAACAGCACCAGCCACAGCAGCAGGCCAAUGCCCGGCAGUUGCUGCUGCACAAUGCGCUCACCCGAACGACGUCCCACCCGGUGGGAUCGUCGGUUUCCUCAGCCACGGCCGCCGCCACGGUGGAAUCGCUGAUGGAACUGUUGCGAAUGUCCACGGCGGCCAAUGCUGCCACGCUGGUGCAGUCGAAUGCUGGUGCUAGGUCCGUGGUCGGUAGCAACAACAAUGUGGCUGCUGCGGCUGCCGUGGCCGCGCUAGUGAACUCGUCCGCCGGUGGUGGAGGGGUGACCGGUAGUGGUGCUGGUGGUGGCGGUGGCGGAGGUCACCGAAAGUUGGAACGCACGCAGUCGGAACCGCUGCCGCAGCAGGUCAAUACCUCGAGAUAUAAAACCGAGCUGUGCCGACCGUUCGAAGAAGCGGGUGAGUGUAAGUAUGGUGACAAGUGCCAGUUUGCGCACGGCAUGCAGGAACUGCGCAAUCUUCAGCGUCAUCCAAAGUAUAAGACCGAGCUGUGCCGCACGUUCCACAGUGUCGGGUUCUGUCCGUACGGACCGCGGUGCCACUUUGUCCACAAUGCGGAAGAGGCCCGGAACCAUAACCGUUCGGUGGCCGCCUAUCAUGCUGCCCAGGCUGCUGCGGCCGCUGCUGCUGCUGCCGGAAAUUCCAACAACGGUCAAAGUCAUCAACAGUCUUCCAAUGUUGCGGUGGCUGCUGCGGCCGCCCUGCAACAAGCUCAACUUCAGCAGACGGCUGCGGCGCUGCUCCAACAGCAUAAGCAACACCAACAACAGCAACAGCAGCAGCAUCAACUGCCCCUUAGUCCGGCCCUGUCGAUGUCCACCGGUUCGGACCGUGCAUCCCCGAUUGGAUCGCUCUCGCUUUCGCCGACGACCUCGAUGGCCAGCUUCUUCCCGGAACAGGGCAGCCCAACAUUCCCACCUCAGUCGUCGUCUUGCGGUCAGGGUCAGGGCGUAGCCGCUGGCCAGGGUGCCUUCAACUUCCCGGCCUCGCCACCGGCCAGUCCCAUCGAUGGCGGCCACUCGCCAUUGACCUCCACUCCUCCGCCGCCUUCCCCGUCGCUGGUGAUGUCCUCGUCUUGUCCUCCCGUCGGCAAGAACGUUGUCGGUGCCGAUUCCGUAGAAGCCCGGCUACCGGUGUUCAAUCGCCUCAGCUCCGCCGUGGAUGCUUUUAACAAUAUGAUGAUCUAGGAGGCGCUGAUUGAGCACAUCAAGGACGAGAGCGAGAGGGCGAGAAGCGGUUGCUUGGAUGUGCGUGCGUGUGCCUUGCGUUGUGCGUUGUGAUAUAUUUUUUAUGAGUUUUGCUUUAUACACCUGCAUAUAUUAGAGUAUCCGGUAAAAUGGCGAUUUGUUUUGCGUGAGGGGACAGACGUGGCGUGUGUGUGGGUGGGAGGAUUGGUUUGUGGUUGUUCUAUUUUCUGUACGCACGCGCACACACACAUUCGUUUUUGUUUCUGCAGGAUAGCGGAGAGCUGAUUGGAUCUGCUGCAAUAGCAAAGUCACGCAAAAGCACAGCACACGCAUACACUUGGACAAAUAUGCAUAUAUUAUUUACAUGUAUAACACUUUUUUAUAUAUUACAUUUAAAACUAUUGUUUAGGGAGGGGAAAAGAAAGCACAGCGCCUUCUAGAGGGCUGGUGGUUCUUUUCUGGAGUUAUUAUUAUUAUUUCUACGGGAAAGUUUCAAUCUAUUUAUUCAAAACGGGCACGAAACACACUCAAACAAAAACGAACGAAUAUUUAUUUCCACGUAAAACAAAGAAGCACAAACACUCUCAAUUGUAAUAAUGCAAAACGGCACAAGCAACUUUGAGGGGAAGAUUUAACACAAGUUGGAGAACAAUGCGCGGAAUUGUAACACCCGAGAAUACACUUAUUUAAUUAUUUAUUUUUAUAAUUAUAAAAUUUUAUUUAAAAAAUCCCUAUUACAAAAAAAUGAGAGAAGAAGCAAACACACACUCACACACCCACGCAUAGAUGCACGGAUCAAACACAAACGUACAACGCAAGUGCGAUAUGUUUUCGUUUUGUUUUAUUGCUCGAAAAAAUUGGACUAAAAAAUUUUCACAACAAAAAAAAACCUUGGCAAUAAUUUUGCUCAAGUGUAGAUUUUUCCUAUCCGUGUAUUAUUUUUUUCUCUCGGUUAAGGUGUGUUUGUGUGUACCUGUGUUGUAGUGGAAUCAACCUACCUACCUAACUAUUAGAUGAAAAGCACAAAACAAUUACUAAAGUAGAGCAGCCCUCGUUUAGCUACUUUUUUUUGAUAUGUAUAUUUUGGCUAGGUUCGAAAAUGAUCGGCGAUAAGAAGAGAAAAAGUAAAGCGAAGAGAGCUUCCAGUGAGAGGAUUAAUGGGAACAAAACCACAACAAAAAAACAGGACGAAUUUCGAUUUCACACAAGUAAGCUGAAACAGAUUUUGUUUGCUUUCUCUUUUCUGAGACUUGAUUCGAGCAACGACGUAAAUUCUGCCCUCGUGUGUUUCACAGAUUGAUUAUUAAUUUAAUUUAAUUAUUAUAUUAUCAUGCUGUAUCUUUAUUAUUUUUAAUUUAUUUUAUUUAUUUCUACCUAAUAUGCUUUACUUUCUUAUUUUAAUGUCGCGAAAGGAAAAGAAAAGCACGAUUUGUAAUGAAAAAGAAGAACGAAGCAGCGGAUUAUUUUUUUGUGCAACGAAUUGGAAAGACUCCCCUUAUGAUUUUUGCACGAGCAUUUCGUUCGGUGUAGCAACAGUGGUGCACGAAACACACUGAAAAUGUUGAUUUUGCCCUUCAUUUCGACCUUAAUUUCAACAAAGAAAUCUCGAGCAACAUUUGAAAAGGGCGAAUGGUCUUCACUAGUUUCAGUUUUCUUGCAAAUUUCACACGUAAUUAUCGAAUACGUUCGCGAUUUACGAAAGAAGUUGAAGUUUGCAAUGGCCGUUCCGCCCGUUUCACAUGUUGGUCUAGAAUCGUUAUGGCAGUUCCGUAAUUGAAUUUCAAAUAGCUGCUACGUGAAAAAUUCUCUGAAUUUAAAAUGAACCAGUUGUCGUAAACUGAUGGAUUAUGGGCCCAGUUCUCGUGCCCACUGUUGCUCCGUUUGUUUUUCCCGGCUUAGGUCGCCUAACCUUGUACAAUUUCACUGAUAGCAACUCAGUCAGUCAGUCGCCUUUGGUCACCACCAGAUAGUGCCUUAUAUCUCUAUGUUAGUAGUUUACGCAGCGCACCGGGCGCCUGUGCAACACAAGCACGCGCCCGCUGAAAGCGCCAAUUAAGUCAUGUACAGGAAGUCCUAAUAUUUUCUUCUCUUCUUAAUAAGAAUUAGAAAACGUAAAUCGCAACCAGGUCUUUGUAAAUUUGAACGAAACUCAAACCUUUCUAACUUCUUCUACACUCUUAGUAAGCGCGAAUACAAAGAUAGAAAUGUGACACGCCCACAAAAUGGAACUCCUACAAGCUCUAGCACGUAAGAAAUAUCAUUCGUUUUUUCCUAGAAAAAAACUUCCAACGAUGCUUCCAAGCAGAAUUAAAGAUUAUAUCAAACGAUUCUUCAAGAAAAAAAAACUAUAAUUGGAAAAAGAGAGAGUAGCCCACCCGCUCGCGCCCCCUUCGACUUCGCUCGCCGCGCCACGGCGUAGAACUGGCAACCAGGAAGCAGUGUUGCGUGAACGUUUCAGUCUCAUUGUGAUCAUAGUAUGUAAUGAACUAUUAUUUUUUUCUGUGUUUUUAAAUACGUGUUUGUUUUGAUAAGCCUACUGCCAUCUGUGUUACUAGGAGGGAAGAGAGAAGGAGAGGGAGAAGCGAACGAUAAUAAAAAGACAAAGAAGUCGGCGAAUAAGAAUGGCGAAGGCGGUGGGGGCCGUUGCGAGUUACGGUGCGCUCUUGGAUACUUGCUUUAAUUUCCCUUGUGAGGUUAGAUUGUAAGACAGCGUGUAGACAGACGCAGACGGGCGAACAGAACAGCUGAACAGCUAAGAGAGAGAAUAUAUUUGUAUAAAGGAAAAACCGAGGAGAAAACACUCAACACAAAUCUUCCAUUAGGGUUAGGAUAAACAACAUAGAAACUGAUUUGAAGUGAAAAUUAUGAAGACAGAGAUGAUUAUUGUAGCUUUGGGUAUGAUGAUGAUAAACCGAAAUGUUUGCGUGCAA